AUGGUACUCAAAUCAUCUCUCGCGGUGCUAGCCACCCUCACCAGCACAUCAGCCUUCACCUUUAACCCGUUUACCUCACAAAAGCCAAUUGGCCAGCAAAAAGACUUUACAUGCGAUCUCCCUCCAGUUCUCACUCCCCAGAACGACAAUCUUCCCAGCGCAAACGCUCUUUUUGACUCCAAAGAUGCGUUCGAUACUCAAGUAAGACGUCAUCAGGCGAUCGUGCGUGUUCCGUCGGUUUGUUAUGAUGAUCUGGAUGAUGUAGAUAAAGAUCCGCGUUGGGCCCCGUUUUAUGAUUUACAUGAUGUUUUGGCAAAGACGUAUCCUGCCAUACACAAGACUGCCAAGUUGGAGAAAAUUAAUAAAUUCGGCCUUGUUUAUACUCUUCACGGAAGCGACUCUUCUUUAAAGCCCUAUCUGCUGGCCGCUCAUCAAGAUGUCGUUCCAGUACCGGACGCAUCAACAUGGACUCAUCCCCCCUUCGACGCCUACUUUGACGGCGAGUGGCUCUGGGGUCGUGGCGCAUCCGAUGAUAAGAACAGUCUUACAGCGAUCAUGUCAUCGAUCGAGACGCUACUCACCAAGACUGAGUGGUCUCCCAAGCGCACGUUGAUUCUGGCAUUUGGCUUUGACGAAGAAUGCUCUGGUCCUCGCGGCGCCGCCAAAAUCGGAGAAUUCCUCACAGAGAGGUAUGGUGAUAACGGUAUCCCGUUUAUUCUCGAUGAAGGUGGUUCGGGGAUUCAGCUUAUUGACGAUACGCUCUACGUUCUUCCAUCUGUGCAAGAAAAAGGCGCGAUCGAUAUCUGGGCUGAACUUCGCGUUAAGGGUGGACAUAGCUCUAUUCCUCAUCCUCACACUGGAAUCGGUAUCAUGGCGGAGAUUGUGUUCGCUCUGGAAGCGAAUCCUUACGAACCUGCUAUUCUGAAGGGCAGUCCUGUGUAUAACCACCUCGUGUGCUUGGCACGUCACUCUCCCGAUGCUCACCCCAAACUCGACGACCUGCUUAAGAAAGACGAUCUGGAGAAAUUGACGACUGAGUUGAUUCAUCUCGAUCCUAACGCCAAAUUCACUAUCCAGACAACGCAAGCAGUCGACAUCAUCCGCGGCGGCCAAAAGAUCAACGCCAUGCCCGAGAUUGUGAACCUAGGCGUAAACUACCGCGUUGCACCGCAGGAUAGCCACGAGAAAGUCCAAAAGCAAUUCCUCAAGAGCAUUGACUCCGUCGUACAAAAGUACAAUCUCAGCGUAAGCGCUUACGAGGAUGACAAGACACAUGCUUUUGCAGACGACACGGGUUUUGACUACGAUGGUCAUCUCAAGCUCACUGCUGUCAAGAACUCGGUCGUUACACCAGUUUCGCCUACAAGCGGAGCAGUCUGGGAUAUCUUCUCGGGAACGAUCCAGCAUAGCUUUGCUUUUGAGGGUGGAAAGGUUGUGCCCGUUGGUGAAAUCAUGACUGGAAACACUGAUACUAGACAUUAUCUGAACCUCUCGCCAAACAUCUACCGCUGGACACCCAGUCGCCAACGCGGUUCAGAGAACAUCCAUACCGUGGACGAAAGAAUCAGAAUAGAUUCACACAUGGACAUCGUCAAGUUCUACUAUGACUUGAUCCGUAACUUUGACGCGGCAGACUUUUAG